AUGCCAAUCACAGCUCCAACAUCUCUCGCCCAUGGCGGCUGCCGCUACUACCACCACAGCUCUCCCACUACCACGCCGUCGCUUCCCCUUGCUAAAUUCUCUUCCCUCUCUUUGAAGUGCAAUUUCCUCUCCAAAACCCCGCUAAUAUCCCACCCGGCGACGACCCAAUUCCAUCUCCCCAUCACCUCCCCCAGGAACAAGAAAUUGGGCCUCUCCGUCGUAGCAAUGAGCUUCGACGCCGGCGUGGGCGUGAUGGGGACCAAGCUCGGAAUGAUGAGUUUCUUCGAGCCCGACGGCGUGGUGGUUCCGGUCACGGUGGUCGGGUUCCGGGAAGGCAACAUUGUGACCCAGAUUAAGACCGAUUCGACCGACGGGUAUGAUGCGGUUCAGGUGGGUUAUCGUAGGGUUAGGGAUAGGAAGCUGACGAAACCUGAGAUGGGUCAUUUGGAGAAAGCUGGGGUUAUACCCAUGAGGCAUUUGCAGGAGUUUAGGCUGCAGACUAUUGAUGGGUUUGAAGUUGGGCAGAAGUUGACUUUCGAGGAGCUCUUUAAGGAAGGGGAUUUCGUUGAUGUCUCUGGAAUCACCAUUGGCAAAGGGUUUCAAGGUGGUAUCAAGAGGCACAACUUCAAGAGAGGACUGAUGACUCAUGGUUCCAAGAGUCACAGAGCUCUGGGGUCCAUUGGUGCUGGAACUACACCAGGUCGAGUGUACAAAGGGAAGAAGAUGCCUGGCAGGAUGGGAGGAACCAAGACCAAGAUCAGAAAGCUCAAGGUGGUCAAAGUUGACAGUGAUCUCGGGGUAGUGAUGAUCAAAGGUGCUCUUCCGGGUAAGCCUGGCAAUCUUCUGCGCUUCGCUCCUGCUAAGAUAGUUGGCAAGAACAUACCCAAGAACUAA